CAUCAUUCGACUUAAAUAAUUGUAAUAAUCAACAUGAUCGCCAAGGUCACUCUCCUCGCCUGCCUUAUCGGCUUGGCAUAUGCCAGUGGCAUUGGCAACACUGGCUUGGGAGCCUAUAGCGGUCUUGGCUACGGUGGGCUCAGCGGCCUCGGCGGAUACGGUGGUCUUGGCGGCCUUGGCGGCUACGGCGCGUAUGGCAACGGCUAUGGCGCCGGUUACGGUGGCUACGGAGCCGGUUACGGCGGCUACGGAGCCGGUAACGGUGGCUACGGAGCUGGUUACGGUGGCUACGGAGCCGGUUACGGUGGCUACGGAGCUGGUUACGGCGGCUACGGAGCCGGUUACGGCGGCUACAGUUCAGUCCACCCUGGUGGCGCGACGUCUUACGUUAACAUUGUCAAGCACAUUACUCCUAAGGCCGGCUACAACGGAUUGUACGGAGGAGCUGGUUACGCCGGAGCCGGUGUAAAUGGCUUGGGAUAUGCAGGUGCUGCUGGCUGGCCAUCUAAUGCUGCCGGUUGGCCUAACGCCGGCGUUCCCUACGCUGGCGGUUACGGCGGCUACGGCGCUGGUUACGGCGGCUACGGCGCUGGUUACGGUGGCUACGGCAACAAUGGUUGGUAAAUAAAGAAGCUGGCAAUUGUUCGAUCAUUCAAUGUUUUAAUUAGACUGAUGAUACUUGAAUGCAAAUGAUGAAUGAAAUAUUA